GGCUCCGAGUCGGCGGGGCCGGGGCGCGCAGGCCGGUCCCGGCGGCGGGGCGGGCGGGGGCGCCAUGUGGUUCAUGUACGUGCUGAGCUGGCUGUCGCUCUUCAUCCAGGUGGCCUUCAUCACGCUGGCCGUCGCGGCCGGACUCUACUACCUGGCGGAGCUGAUAGAGGAGUACACGGUGGCCACCAGCAGGAUCAUAAAGUACAUGAUCUGGUUCUCCACAGCUGUGCUGAUUGGCCUCUACGUUUUUGAGCGCUUCCCCACCUUCAUGAUUGGCGUGGGCCUCUUCACCAACCUCGUCUACUUUGGCCUCCUCCAGACCUUCCCUUUCAUCAUGCUGACCUCGCCUAACUUCAUCCUUUCGUGUGGGCUAGUGGUGGUGAAUCAUUACCUAGCAUUUCAGUUUUUUGCAGAGGAAUAUUAUCCUUUCUCAGAGUGUCUCUUGUUGCCAGGUCCUGGCCUAUUUCACUUUCUGUCUGUGGAUCAUCCCGUUUGCGUUCUUUGUGUCACUGUCGGCAGGGGAAAACGUCCUGCCCUCCACCAUGCAGCCAGGAGAUGACGUGGUCUCCAAUUACUUCACCAAAGGCAAGCGGGGCAAACGCUUAGGGAUCCUGGUUGUCUUCUCCUUCAUCAAAGAGGCCAUUCUUCCCAGUCGUCAGAAGAUAUACUGAACCCCUUGGGGAGGGCAUGUGGAGCCCCACAGGAGAGUCGGGCCCUGGGCCUGUGCGCUGGGCGGGGCCGUGAGCCUGGAAGGCAUCUGCCCCGAGCCCCAGCCCUUGCUCCCUCGACUCUCUGAAGCUCUCGUCCCCGCCUUCCUCGAAGGGCUCAGCUUGGCUCAGAUCUGACGCUGCUAGAGGCUGUGACCCCACAGGACCCCGGGAGGAUGCCAGAGCCUGCCUGGCCAGGAGGCCGGGGUCCACCUGGUUAUGUGGAAGCUGAGCUCCCUAGGGCCCUCCUGCCCACCUCCGCGGUGGGCCGGGAGGUUGUGGCCCAGCCGGGGCAGGCAGGGCAGGGGCCGUGAAGCUGGAGAGCAGACAGGGCUGUUUCCUGGGCAGACGGCCGUGGGGAGGGGCCGUGGCUUGGCACUUCCAAGAGAAAGAGUUUUCGCUGUUGAACUGUGAUUUCUGUCCUAGUGCUGACUGCCAUUGAAUAAAGAUUCUAGGUGGCACUGUUUGCCUUAAUACCUGAGAGUUCAUCUCCCUGUCUUCCCGUUGACCUUCUGCCCUGGACUAGACUGGCUCUUCGGCUCCAGGGGCCCCUGUUCUGGGUUUGAGUCUUGCCCUCCCGGAGGGACCACUCACGGCCCUUCAUGGGGAGCGGACAGAGCUCAAGGGCUGAGCGGUGUCAGGGGAGUUAGGGGCGGGGGCAGCCUUUCUUGUGCCCUUCCCUUUCCUUCCAUCUUUUCUUUCCCCAAGGCUCCCUGGCUGUGACACUGGGGGCAGAGAGGUACAGCUUGGGACUGGGUUGGCUUUUCAGAGCAUCUGCUGUGGCCUAUUUGUAAGCCCUCCCCUGGGGAAAAGGAGUGCUUUCUGGCUGAAUUCUGUCUUGGGCCCGAGGAGAAACAAAACAGAAAUCAGCUUCCAGGCAGCCUGGGUUACAGCCUCAUCGAGGGGAGAAAGGGUUCGUCCUUCGUCCCUCUGAGCACACAGAGGGCUGGCCCUACCUUUUGUGUGCUCUUGGCUCCUGGGGAGCUGCCCUCGGGCCAGAUUCUGGCACAGACCAGCACUUGCUGACUUUGCACCCCAACUACAGUGCCUUGCAAGUACCCAGCAGUACACACUGGGGCAAAGCCCCCGUGAGAGCCGGUCUUAGCCACGUCCUGUACCUCCGAGUGGGGCUGGCAGGGGUGCAGAUGGCCAGUGCGCGUGGGGUGCAUUUAGGCUGGGGGAGGCCCCAGUGCUUGAAAUUCUCUAUAUUCCUGCCCCAAGUCCCACCGCAGCCCUUCACCUCCUUGACUGGCGUGUUUCCUGUUCUCUUAAAAAUACCAGCCUUUCCCUUUCCCUGAGAGGAGUAGCUCGUUGUGGUUUUUUUCUUGGUGGGAAUGAGAUGCCCAGGCCUCCUUAUCCCGUGUCGACAGGGGAAGACAAGGUAGAGGACGCCGGAGGCCGACGUCCUCCUCACUGCUGGGUCAGCAGCUGGCCCUGCUCUCCCUUGCUGUCUACUUUGUUCCUCACCCCGAAGCUAGGUCUUCCCUCCUAGGGGUUGCCAGGGGCCUCCUCGUGCUAAAUCCAGCGGACCCUUUCCUAUCUGCUGCUGGACCUCUGCAGCAUCUAACAGGGCUCAUCACCCCCAGCUUCUGGAAUUGUGCUUUCCUGGCGCUCCUGUGGCUGGCCUUCCUCCUACCUCUGCUCUUCCCUUCAGUUUCCUGUGAAGCAGGCUUCCCCAUUUGCCCCAUGCACAGUGGGGUUUCUCAGGGUUCUGCUGUGGGCUCCCUGGAGGAGCCCAUCCAUGCUGAUGGCUUCAGGGACUCACUCUUUGCAGCGGAAUUGAGUUCACCUCCAGCCCCAGCAUCCCUCCUGAUCUUCUGAACCAUAGUUCUGCUGCCUUUGGAUGCACAGACAGCUCCCGUGGCCCAGAGGACACUUGUUGCUGUCCUCUGCAAACCUGCCUCUUUUGGGUACCUGCCGUGGCCCCAAGACCCUUUGGGAGCCAGACUAGAAACCUGCUUUCUAGCCCUGCUUUCUCUUUCUGCCCCUCCCCCGGCCAUCCGAUCUCUCAAAACCGUUAAGUUUACCUUCCUAACAUCUCUUGAUUCAAGCCACACCCACUAGUCAUCAAUUUACACCUGGAUUAUUGUGACAGCCUCCUUCUCCUCUGUUCCACAGCCAGAGUUGUCUAAAAUGUAUAGUUGAUCAAGUCACUUCCUGGCCUACAACCUUCCAUGGCUCCCUACUGCCCGCAGGAUAAAGUCCAGACCCCUUAGCAUGGCUUGCAAGACUUGUGAUGUCUGGUUCCCGCUCACCUCUCUGGCCUCAUCACUUGCCACCUUGCAUCCCAUGUCCCAGCCUCCUGUAUUCCACGAUGCCACUUUGAUUCCCCUUUCUUCCGCUCACCUUGGGACCUUCUCUGUCACUUCUCUACUUAAAAUUUCACUUCCUCUGAGCUCUGUCCCCUCUCCCUGCAGCACACCACACAGAUCGCUCUAGGCUUACUUACCUGCUUCCUGGUCUAUCUCCCCACUAGACUGUACGCUCCUUGAGGGCAGGGACUGUCCUUCAGUUUUUGUAUCAACAAUGCCUGGCUUGGUGCCUGGUACAUAGAAAGCACUCAAUAAAUGUUUGUUUAAUGAA